AUGGCUGCAACAGCGCCUGUCACUGAUCGAUCACUCAGCCUUACACAAAUCAAGGCUCAUAUCCCAAUUACCUUGGAUAUGAAUCAGAUGAAUUAUGAUAUAUGGCGUGAGCUCUUUGAAACUCAUUGCCACAGUUUCAACGUGCUUAGUCAUCUCGAUGGCUCCUUAACAUCGACCGGACCCGAAGACACCACAUGGUCUCAGACAGAUGGAACUGUCAAGAUGUGGAUCUACGGAACCAUUUCGGAAUCGCUCCUAAAAUUGGUUCUCAAGACAAAGUGCACAGCAUCGGAGCUCUGGACGACGAUCGAGAACCUGUUCCGCGACAAUAAAGAAGCUCGUGCAAUACAGCUCGAAAAUGAGCUCCGACAGCUGCAGAUCGGAGACCUCUCUGUACAUGAUUACUGUCAGAAGUUGAAAACCCUCUCCGAUCUCCUCGCCAAUGUGAAUUCCCCGAUCUCCGAUAGGGUUUUGGUGAUGCAUUUGCUUAAUGGACUUAGCUCCAAAUUUGAUAACAUUCUCAAUGUUAUUAAGCAUCGUUCUCCGGCGUGCACGUUCAGUGAAGCCCGUUCCAUGCUCAAAGAUGAGGAAGCCCGGUUAAGCACAAAACGCCAGGUCUCCUCCCCAUCUCAUGAUAACGCCUCUUCUCCUCAAAUCCUCAUGGCGUCAUCCGCACCAGCGCCUACGCACACACCGCGACCUAACCACAACUCCGCACCACCAUACCCACCGAAUUACCCAUCGAGCUACGGCAAUCGCAAUGCUCGUGGAAACCGUGGUGGCCGGAAUCAACGCGGUCGUGGCGGCGCUAAUUGGCAAGGAGGGAACUGGAAUAAUGGGCCGUCUCAAAUGAGCUGGAAUAAUGGGCCUUCUCCUCCAUGGGCCUGGUCCAACAAUCCUCCCUGGCCCAUGUCUCCACCUUGGCAGAAUCAGCCUCAGUGGCCCAAUCCGUGGUCCAUGCCUCCAGCUUGGCCUGCCUAUCCACCAGCUCCAGCCACCUCAUCACAACAACCAUCGUUUGGUCUGCUCGGAAACAAUCCGCGAACGGCAUAUCUCUCCACUCACAAUCCCGUCGCCGUUGCGCAAGCACCGCCUCCGGCGCCAAAUUCCGAGCUGAUUCCAACCACGUUGGCUCACGCAUUCAACACCAACACCUUGUCAGAUCCAACGGAUGCCGGCUGGUACAUGGAUACAGGAGCCACAGCGCAUCUCACGGCACAACCGGGUAAAAUCUCGACUAUUACCUCUCCGGCUGACUUACCUUUAAUUACAGUUGGCAAUGGAGCGCUUAUUCCUGCCACUACAAUUGGUCAUGCCUCAAUUUUAUCUCCUUUACGUCCAUUACUUCUUAAGAAUGUUUUAAUUUGUCCAAAGAUUCUCAAAAAUCUGAUUUCAGUUCGUCAAUUUACUUGUGAUAAUCGUUGUUCUGUUGAGUUUGACCCAUUUGGUUUUGUUGUUAAGGAUCUCAUAACACGAACACCCCUCAUCCGUUGCAAUAGCAAUGGCCCUCUCUACGCUGUCUCUCCACCGUCUCCGAUAGCGUAUCCACAGGCGUUCCUCACCUCGACAUCCUCCACCAUCUGGCAUCAAGGACUAGGUCAUCCAGGCGAUAAUGUUUUACGUUUUUUAUCUGCUUCAGGAUAUCCACCUAAUCACCGUGGUUAUAGGUGCCUUGAUCUCACAUCUCGUCAUAUUAUUCUCUCACGUCAUGUUGUUUUCGAUGAGAAGGUGUUUCCCUUUGUAGGUACAACUCAUGCUCCUCAGCCACAUCUCCUCGCAGCACCAUCUACAUAUCCUCCGAUCAUCACCAGCAUUCCGGCAGCCGUACAAACGCCUCCUGCAACACCAAAGGUUGCUCCGAACCCUCAGCCAGAGGUAGAUCCAACCCAUCAGCCAGAGCCGACACCAACACCGGAGCCACCACCACCGGAGCCAACGCCACCACCGGAGCCGACACCACCACCGGAGCCGACACCACCACCGGAGCCUACUCCAAUACCUCCACCACCAGCUCCUUCUGAUGCAGCUCCGGCGGGGCCGCCACCACAACGGAUGCACACUCGUAGCCGUAGCGGGAUUACGAAACCCAAACAGAUCCUCUCCCUCCACACCGAUGUCAUCUCACCACUUCCGACAUCUCAUCUAGUUCCUCGUCAUAUGAUCCCACCGAAUGCUAACAUUGUGAGAUCUAUGUGGUUAUAUACUCACAAGUUUCGUGCAGAUGGUACGUUGGCUCGACACAAAGCUCGCCUCGUUGCAAACGGAAAAUCUCAACAAGUUGGUAUAGAUUGUGAAGAAACAUUCAGACCGGUCAUCAAACCUACCACCAUCCGUACUAUCCUUGACGUGGCGGUAUCUCGAGAUUGGCCGCUUCACCAACUUGACGUUAAGAAUGCGUUUCUCCAUGGAAACUUGGAGGAAACCGUCUAUAUGCAUCAACCGGCGUGUUUUGUAGAUCCCUCCAAACCCGAUCAUGUGUGCCUCUUGAAAAAAUCCAUGUACGGAUUGAAACAAUCACCCAGGGCGAGGUAUCAACGUUUUGCUCAAGUUGCCACAAAGAUGGGGUUUACCAAUAACAAGUGUGACACAUCUUUGUUCAUUCUUCGCCGCGGAUCUGAUAUUGCGUAUCUGCUCUUAUACAUUGAUGAUAUCAUCCUCACUGCUUCCUCCACAACCCUUCUCAGGGACAAGCACGGACUCUUUUUGGAUCAAUGGAACUAUGCCGCAGACAUACUCCAUCGUGCCAACAUGUCUCAUUGCAAACCAUGCAACACUCCCGUGGAUACAUCGGCCAAACUCCACGCUGACGUCGGCCAACCAGUUGCAGAUGCCACUCUGUAUCGGAGCCUAGCUGGAGCCCUUCAGUACCUUACCUUCACCAGACCAGACAUCGCUUAUGUAGUCCAGCAGAUUUGCCUUUACAUGCAUGCACCUCGCGAGCCACACUUCAAUGCGUUAAAACGCAUCCUCCGCUAUAUCAAGGGCACUAUCACUCAGGGAUUACAUAUCACACCGUCAAACACCACAACUUUGACGGCGUACACUGAUGCGGAUUGGGCCGGAUGUCCUAAUACCCGCCGUUCCACGUCUGGUUAUUGCCUAUACCUUGGAGAUAACCUCAUCUCGUGGUCUUCUAAACGACAGCAAACGGUAUCACGUUCAAGUGCCGAAGCAGAAUAUCGCGGUGUUGCCAAUGCUGUCGCUGAAACCGUUUGGGUCCGCAACCUUCUCCUUGAGAUUCAUUGUCCCAUCACAACAGCUACAUUAGUCUACUGCGACAAUGUGAGUGCGGUUUAUCUCUCAACUAAUCCUAUACAACAUCAACGCACCAAACAUGUUGAGAUCGACAUUCAUUUUGUCCGCGAAAAGGUGGCUCUCGGCCAAGUACGAGUGCUCCAUGUUCCGUCAUCACACCAAUAUGCGGAUAUCUUCACCAAAGGCUUGCCCUCCGCUUUGUUUCAAGACUUCAGGUCCAGUCUUCGCGUAAGAGAACCUCACGCUUUGACUGAGGGAGGUUUUACGUACGAUCAUAUCAACGGGACGAAGGUCGGUGGUACGAUUUUUGACAUCCGUGGCCAUAGACACUCGGCGGCAGAUCUGUUAGAGUAUGCUAAUCCGGACAAGAUUGUUGUCUACGUGAACGCUACAGUUCAUAAGAUCCUCUUCACCACCGAAGGCUCCUCACUAGACGUAUUAAGGCAGACACACUCCACCAAAUCAAGGGCACACUUUGUCCAAUCCAUGAAACUUCGAUUGAGCGGGAUGUCAAAUAGUGCUUUGAUCCUUCAGAAAAUCGAUGGACCGGUCUCGAGAGGUUUCUUGGAGCUCCAGAACAAAAAUCCAGAUGAUAACCCUUCCGUGACAUUCAACUACUAUCAAGAGCCUGAGGAUCUUGAGAAAUGUGUUAAAGGACUUGAAACUAUUAUUAAAGUGCUAAACUCCAAGGCUUACUCAAAAUAUAAGUAUCCCAAUUCUACCCCACUUGAACUUCUCAGUCUCAUGCAGAGCCUUCCCAUCAAUCUAAGGUCAAGGCACGAGACCGCAGUGUCCAACAUGACGCAGUUUUGCAUAGACACCGUGACGACUAUUUAUCAUUACCAUGGAGGUUGCCAAGUUGGAAGAGUUGUCGACAAGAAUUACAAAGUCUUUGGCAUUGAUUCCUUAAGGGUCAUCGAUGGAUCCACGUUUCUCAAGUCUCCGGGAACUAAUCGGAAGGUAAAAUGA